AUGGGAAGUUGUGAGUCGAUUAUUCAGCCAGCUGAUACCAGAGAGCAAAUUAAAAUUUCAAAGUAAGUUAUGCAUGUUUCAUAAAAUAAUAUGCUUUGAACUUUAUUGUUUUAAUGAUUUCACCGAACUUUGAAUUUCUAAAUGAACCUGGGGAAAACUAAUAAGAUCAUAUAGUUCAAAAGCCCUUUAAAAUUUUUUAAAGCUAAUUUGGUGCUGAUCUUGAAGUCAUCAAUUCUAGGAAUGUGAAAAACAACUUGUGCGCAAUUGAAAAUAUAUAAAAUAGAAAACCUGAAUUUCUUGAUAACGGAAACAAGAAAAAUCAAGGGAAAUUAUUUUUUUUGCAAAAAAAAACUUCCAAAUUUGAUUUUUUGGUUGAGAAUUAUGCACCGCUCUUCAAGGUGUUUUAUUUUCAAAAACAAAUUACGACGUGUCCGAUAGAGCAAACUCGCUUGUUCACGAGCUAUAUCUCUUUCAAAUAAAACCACACUGCUUUACAAUUUUUUGAAGCUAGAACAUUCAAGAAAAACCUCUUUCCUAUUAAAACCCUUUGAACCAUUGUCUGGUCUUCUCAGAAGAGGAUAUUCUAAGCCCCCCGGAGAGAGUACGAUUUUCAAAAAAAGUUCAAACUACAAAAAGAAGCGACACUCCUCAAUACUAUACACUUUUUUUCUAGUUUUGGGGAGAAAUAAUUUUGCAUCUUUAGACUGAUCGCGCGCUAUACUUUUUGAUCAGUCUAUCAAAAAACCAAAAUAUACAUAUAUAUCUCUUGAGAAUGACAUAAUUUUUUUCCACAAAAAUCCAAAUGAUCAAUUUUCCCUCGAAACUCAUCUACCAAACAUCAAAAGUUUUUCCGAAUGCAAUCAUAAAUAAAUAAAUAUUUUGCCCCAAUUUGAAUUUAUGACCCAUGUAGGAUUAUAUGCACUUUUAACGUAUCCCUGGAAAUCUGUGACGUUUGUAGUUUUUUUUUCAAUAAUAUCAUACAAAUUUUGUCAUCGAGAAAAAGGGCAAUGAUCACGAAAACUAUAAUUAUUUUGGACAAAUGGAGACAAGAAAAUACUAAAUAAUUUCUGUUUUUCAGGCAAAUCGAGAAGGAACUUGAUAAAAAGUCGAAUUUACUUUUACAAAAAGUAUUGUUAUUAGGACCUGGAGAAAGUGGAAAAAGUACAGUUUUGAAGCAAAUGCGUUUGAUGCAUCAUAAAGGAUUUUCCAAUGUUGAACUUCUUGAGAAAAAAUGCUUGAUCUUCAUCAACAUUCUUCAAGGAAUCAAGGCACUUUUGGAUUUUGCGAAUGAAAAUUCAUUACAUCUAAAAGAUGAAGAAUUUGAGGUGAGACAUAGAUUUGUGUAUUGAUCAUGCAUGAAAUAUACAUAUUUACUGCAUGUUGUUAGUAUGUCUUAUUAAUAAUAGGAUUUGCUGUUAUUGCAAACCUAGAAUUAAAUAUUUUUAGGCAGAAACUGUUGUUCUCAAUGCGAUAAAAAAGAAAGGAUUGGAUGAUGUUGAAAUGGAUAGUGAAUUAAUUCGAAGUUUGAAAAAACUAUGGGUUGCUGAAGCCGUUCAAAUUGCUUAUACAAAUCGAGCAAAGUUUCAUUUGACUGAAUCAAUUGAAUAGUUAGUUUUUCUUUUCUGACAACAAAAAAUCGAUUUUAACUUUUGAAAAAAUAACACCUUCCAGUUUCUUCGAUAAUCUUGAUCGCAUUGCUGAACCAGAAUUUCUGCCAUCAUAUCAAGAUAUUUUACACACUCGGGCUCCGACAACCGGAGUUGUUCAAGUGGAAUUUGUCACAAAAAUGAUAAAAUUCAUGGUUUUUGAUGUUGGAGGACAAAGAUCGGAAAGGAAAAAAUGGAUUCAUUGUUUUGAUGAUGUUAAUGCGGUUUUAUUCAUUGUGGCCGUUAGUGAAUUUGACCAAUGCAUCGUUGAAGAUGGGAUUACUGUAAGAGCCCUCUAGACGAACACUUUGAAUUUCAUAGAAUCAAUUUUCAGAAUCGUGUUGAUGAUGCAAUUCGAUUGUUCAACGAAAUCGCAAAUUCACGCUACUUCGACAAAUCUUCGAUGAUUCUGUUUAUGAAUAAAAUAGAUCUUUUUCAGAAGAAAAUAGGCAGAGUUUUCAUCUCAAAUCAUUUCAACGAUUUCAAAAGUAAGUAUUCGGAUAAAUAUAAUAUUAAAUACUUUAAAUUGUUUCAAACUUAUUUUUUCAGAAGAAAACACCUAUGAAAAUGGUAUGGCAUUUUUCAAACGGAAAUUCGAAAAAGUGAUCCGUUCAAAAACUAAAAAACCAUAUGUUCACGAGACUUGUGCUGUCAGUGAUACUGUUCAAAUUGUUAUCAAUUCUGUGAUCGACACGGUGGUUCAAGAAAAUUUGAAAGAUACCGGAAUGAUUUGA